AUGGAGUCUGUACUGAGCUGGGUUUUCCUUGUUGCUGUUUUGAAAGGUGUCCAGUGUGAGGUGCAGCUGGUGGAGUCUGGGGGAGGCCUGAGUCAGCCUGGAGGGUCCCUGAGACUCUCCUGUGCAGCCUCUGGAUUCACCUUCAGCAGUUAUGGCAUGAGCUGGGUCCGCCAGGCUCCAGGGAAGGGCCUGCAGUGGGUCCCAUCCAUUGGUAGCAGUGGUGGUAGUAGCAUAUACGCAGACGCAGUGAAGGGCCGCUUCACCAUCUCCAGAGACAACGCCAAGAACACACUGUAUCUGCAAAUGAACAGUCUGAAAGUCGAGGACACGGCCCUGUAUUACUGUGCGAAAGGCACAGUGAGGGGAAGUCAGUGUGAGCCCAGACAGAAACCUCCCCUGCCGGGUCCCCAUUCAGUGAUCUGCACUGAACACAGACGAGUCUACAUGGAGUCAUUCCUGAGCUGGGUUUUCCUUGUUGCUGUUUUAAAAGGUGUCCAGUGUGAGGUGCAGCUGGUGGAGUCCGGGGGAGGCCUGAGUCAGCCUGGGGGGUCCCUGAGACUCUCCUGUGCAGCCUCUGGGUUCACCUUCAGCAGCUCCUGGAUGUACUGGGUCCGCCAGACUCCAGGGAAGGUGCUGCAGUGGGCCGCAGCCAUUAAUAGUGGUGGUAGUGACAUAAGCUAUGCAGACUCCGUGAAGGGCCGCUUCACCAUCUCCAGAGACAACGCCAAGAACACUCUGUAUCUGCAAAUGAACAGUCUGAAAGUCGAGGACACGGCCUUGUAUUACUGUGCUACAGACACAGUGACGGGAAGUCACUGA